AUGGUGGACGAGGCGGCGUUGAGCCGCUCCUCCUCGGAGGAGAACAAUCCAGAGGUUCCUGCAUCUGAAGAUGCAGAGGAACGCGGCGACGUGGAGGCGGCCGCGGCGGCGUCCAAGGUCACGUCUCCGUCUGAGGACUCCCCGGAGGACUCCCCGGAGGACUCCGGCGUUGUCGGAAAGUUAACGUGCUCGGUCUUAUUCUUGUGUUUUUACGGGUUCAUGACGUCGAUACGACCCGGGGAGCCGUUCAUUACGCCCACCCUGCUGAGCGUGGAGAAGAACUUCACCAGAGAGCAGGUGACCAAUGAGAUCACGCCGGUGCUGACGUACUCGUACAUGGCUGUGCUGGUGCCGACCUUCCUGCUCACGGACCUCCUGCGCUACAAGCCGGUUCUGAUCGUCCAGAGCGUGUGUCACGUGGCCAUCUGGAUCCUGAUGCUGCUGGGUUCCUCGUUGCUUCAGAUGCAGCUCAUGGAGUUCUUCUACGGGAUCACCAUGGCCUGCCGCGUGGCCUACUCCUCCUACAUCUUCUCCCUGGUCAGCCCGGUUCUGUACCAGCGCGUGGCGGGCUAUUCGCGCUGCUCGGUUCUGCUGGGGGUCUUCACCAGCUCCGUUCUGGGCCAGCUGUGCGUGUCUUCUGAAAAAGUCACCUACUACGUCCUUGACGCCGUUACUUUGGGCUUCGCGAGCUUCGGCUUGCUGCUGGCGCUGUGUCUGCCCUGGCCCAAACGCUCCUUGUUUUUCAACCGGGCCCAGAACCAGGAGCAGAAGGAGCUGAUGGCCGUGGCUCGGUCCGAGGCGGACAAACUCAACCCGCCGGAGAAAGGAGCGAGGUCGGCGGCGCGCUGGAAGGAUUCUGUUUUUGUGCAGAUGCUGCUGGAGGUGAAAAACCUGGUGAGGAGUCCCAGCCUGAGACUCUGGUCCAUGUGGUGGAUCUUCAACUCCACCGGCUACUACCUGGUCCUGUUCUACGUCCACAUCCUCUGGAACAAGAUCGCCAACGACAAGAAGGUGUACAACGGGGCCGUGGAGGCGGCGGCCACGUUACUAAGCGCAGGAACCACGUUCGUGGCGGGCUUCGUUAAGAUCCGGUGGAACAUCUGGUCCGAGCUGGUAAUCGGCAUCAUCACGGCGCUCCAGGCGGGCCUGCUGCUCCUCAUGAGCACCACGGACCAAAUUUGGGUCUGUUACAUCGCCUACAUCCUCUUCAGAGGCUUCUACCAGUUCCUGGUGCCGAUCGCCACUUUUCAGAUCGCCUCGUCGCUCACGAAGGAGCUGUGCGCUCUGGUGUUCGGCAUCAACACGUUCCUGGGGACGAUCCUGAAGAGCAUCAUCAACCUGAUCUUCGCAGACAAGAGAGGCCUCGGCCUGGACGUGCAGUCUCAGUUCCUGGUGUACUUCAUCUACCUCGCCAUCCUCACCGCCGUGUACAUCGUCUGCGCCGCCGUGGUGCUCGUCCGCCACGCCAGGACCCGGCCGAGGGGCGGAGCUUCAGCCGGCGGCACAACCAUGGAGCUGAGCCCGGUGUCGGAGGCAGAACCUCUGUCGAACGGCAAAGACGCCAAGUGCUAACAUAGGAGAACUUUAGCUGUUUUUGGUUUUAGCUGUGAACUGAUUGAGCACAGGAAGUUAAAAAUAAUCUUGUUUACAGAGAAAACUCGUAGACGGCCGAGCGCAGCGCUCGACGCUAACUUUCAACGAGCCGAACGCACGACGCAAUCCGGUCUGAUCGGAUCCGGUUCAGUCCGAUCAGACCACGUGAUGCUGGUUAGUUUUAACGCAGAACGUUUUAUCGUUUUCCAACAGAAGUCCUUUUUUAUUUAACGCGGACGGAAGACGAAGGUCCGACGUUCUGACAGAACCGGGCCGUUGAAUGUAACGGAUCGUAGGAAGCUGAUUUCAGCAGAUUGUCACUUUUUAAUUUUUUAACAGGAACUUUUUAUUCUGACGACGUUCGUUUGAGGAAAUCUGAUGUUUAUAUUUGA